UCAGCCGUUCGGUUGCAGUUUACAGAAUUUACUGCACUACUGUUUUGAAGAUCGAGCAUAUCGAAAAUCGGACGUUUGCACGUUUUGGAUUAUGCUUUGAUCUAUUGGCUAUACAAGGACUUUUGGGAAUUAAUUGCAAUACAUUGAAUAUUUCAGAUUUUUGAAUUAUUUUGGAUGUAUCGCAGAACCAAGCCAUAAAGGGACCUUGAUCUGAUUUAACAGGAGAAUGAAUGACGCUGGUACCAAGGAACCAAUGAUGAUGGAAGACGGAGAAGUUCGUGUCGAGGGGCAGAAUACAUCCUGUUUUGAAAAGUUGCGAUCAAGGCCUAUGCCAAAAUGCAAAUGUUGCACCCCUGCAGAGUUCAAAAAAUGGAUGAAAAAUCCCCACAAUAUCCUCCUUGUCCUCACAAUCUUAUCAGUGAUUCUGGGUGUGUUCUUUGGGUUCCUGCUGCGACUUGCACAACCGAGCUCGGACGCGGUCAUGCUCAUAAAGUUCCCUGGAGAUCUGUUGAUGAACAUGCUGAAGAUGUUGAUCCUUCCACUGAUUGUGUCCAGUUUAAUCUCAGGCCUUUCCCAAUUGGAUGCCAAAUCAAGUGGUAAAAUGGGUUCAUACGCCCUGGUGUAUUACUUUAGCACCACAGUAAUAGCUGCCAUCCUCGGUAUCAUCCUGGUCAUGACCAUACACCCGGGUAGCCCCGAUAUAAGGACGCUCCCUAAAGAUACAGAAUUUAAUGCCGAUGACAAGAAGGUGGCUUCAUUAGAUGCAUUCCUUGAUUUAUUGAGGAACCUUUUCCCCAAAAAUUUGAUAAAGGCGUGUGUGGCCCAGGAAAGUACCAUGUAUGUACCAACAAAUCGGACAGUACCAUGGAGACCACCGACAGUUGAUCUCAACGAUACUAACACAACUUUACCAACAUUACCAACUUACUACGUCGUGGAAGCCACAUCAACCCCAGGAUCAAACCUGUCCGACAUCAAUGGAUCAAAGUGGAUGAUUGAGACGUACGAGGCUAAGAAGGUUGUCUAUCGGGACGGCAUUAAUGUCCUCGGUAUCGUAUGCUUCAGCAUAGCGUUUGGUGUAGUUGUGGGACAGAUGGGCCCAGAGGCACAGCUUAUGGUUGAUUUCUUCAUCGUCAUGAAUGAAAUUGUCAUGAGACUUGUCCAGGUUAUCAUCUGGUAUUCACCAUUUGGUAUCAUGUGCUUGAUCGCUGGCAAGAUCUUGGAAAUAGAUGACAUAGGGAAGACAGCACAGCAGCUUGGGAUGUACUUGAUAACCGUAUUAGUGGGUCUCAUCAUCCACGGGGCUGGGACAUUACCACUCCUCUACUUUGCUGUUACAAGAAAAAACCCACUCACAUUUUUCAGGGGCUUGUUACAGGCUUGGGUGACUGCCCUGGGUACAUCAUCAAGUGCAGCAACAUUGCCGAUCACAUUUCGUUGUCUAGAGGAGAACCUAGGGGUCGAUAAACGAGUGACGCACUUCGUGCUUCCAGUUGGUGCCACCAUCAAUAUGGAUGGUACUGCCCUCUAUGAGGCUAUUGCCGCUAUCUUCAUCGCACAGAUGAAUGGCAUGAAUCUGGACCCAGGGCAGAUUGUCACUGUCAGCUUGACAGCAACUCUUGCCAGUAUUGGAGCAGCAAGUAUACCAAGUGCGGGAUUGGUCACCAUGAUUAUGGUCCUCACGUCUGUGGGACUGCCUGUAGAAGAUAUCACACUGAUCGUAGCUGUUGACUGGCUACUCGAUCGUAUCCGUACCUCAGUGAACGUACUCGGAGAUUCAUUUGGCGCCGGUAUCGUGGCCCACUUAUCAAGAGCCGAACUCGAGGCUCAGGACAGAAUACGGGAAGAGCAGGAAAUGAAAGAACUUGAAGAUGGUGUGAAUAGGCGACCGAGUCGCAUAUCUUUGAUGGGACGCAAGGCCUCCUCCUCUGGGAGUGUAGAAACUCAGACUUUACUAAAGCCUUACUCCCAUCUACGGGACACACAAGAUGAAGCCUACUUAUAACUGUAAGUGAAUCCGUGAGGAAGGUGUUUACCCAUAGAACCAUGCAUGAGGUAAACUUUUAGAUUAAAAAUGUCAUGUCGCCUUUACUGUCUUCUCAUCUUUCUAUGAAACGCUACAAAUUUUUGUUAGCUAUGAUGAAAUCCAAAACAACUGUGAAUUACAUAAUACGUCGCAUAAUAUUGUAAAACGAUUUUAAAUUGAUUUUGAAAUGACAUGUAAAUAGUGUUCAUAAGCUAUCUUUGCUAAAACUAUAGACUUGAAUAUUAGUCUCAUGAUAUCAAUAUUUACAACUUGUGUUGUUUGGGUUCGUUCGUUAUAACUAUAUGCUAUGAAUAAGGCUUCUUGUCACUAAGUCACUUACAACUAAUACCGUUGUCUUGAACCUUCUUGUCAUCUCUGUAUAACUGGCUUGUUUCUUGUCAGACCUAUCUAUCCUUCGAGACCGAUGGUGACUUGGUUGUGAAAUUUCCCUUCUGUGUAUCAAUGUACCAACAGAGGUCUGACCCAGAAACUGAAGACGAAUCCAAGUUCCGUCGUCAAAUAAAUACAAUAGUCAUUCCCAAAAGGUCAGACUCUAAAGAAGCAAUGCCGUAAGAUUGCAAUCAUUACAGUUUGAUGGGGCAUCCGCGCCACGAAUGCGGCAUCCACCCCGGAUAUUUUAAGGCAAGAAGUCCUCCCUGUAUAAUGGGGAUAACGGACGUGAUGGGGCGAGAUCAAACAGCUAGGAUAUUUGCCAUUUUGAUCUUUACAAUCCAAAUAACCUAUCAUGGGAAACCAAUCAAGUCACCAUCUCUCUCUUAGAUGAGAAAGAGCAACACCCUGUCAUGUGAUCUAUCACGUUAUCGCACCAUCUCUGUCACGCUUCAAGUUUUAACUUCACCACUAUUUGAUUGUGCUUGUGAAUAGUCCGUAGUGUACACAGGUCUGGAUUGCCUUAGCAUGCACGUGAGAUCACCGAAUUGGAGUCUGUAAAACCGCAUUUAUCAACACUAAUGCACUAAUGAACCAGUAAAACCCAUGGUCUUCUCGUUUCCUUCAUAAAGUUUAGUGAAAGAUGAACGUUUAGUUCGUGACAGAUGCAAAAAAAACUCCUCAGUUAGUGUCUCUCGAAUUCAUCAUCAUUUAUCGAUUCACAUUUUCACUGUAAAUAAUGGUAAAGCUUUUCUUGCGGCUUUUUAAUGAGAUUGGAUUAAACGAUCUAACAAGGUCUGUAGGUUUGUUUCAAUCGUCAGCUGAAGAUGCACGAGAUAAUUUUCAAAUCUAAAAAUCUUAUUAAGGUUUUGGAUCAGAAAAAGUAUACUUAUCAAAUGUUUAUGAUCAAAAGCGUGUGUCUUUGUUCGUAUUACCAUUUAGUGCGAUCAACGCGUUCCUGAGAUUUGAAACAUUACUAAAAACGUUCGGUUAAACGUACAGAUUUUGCUGUUUUUCAGCGCUAGCUUUUGCUGGUGAUUUACGAUUCGGCCAGUUGGCGUCGCUUAGUACGGUUUUGCUUCGUAGUGUCAACGCCUCCACGGAGUACAUUGGAAUUGGAAUAUAAGGCUCCAAUGUAUUUAUCAGCCACAUGAAAUUUGAAAAAUAUCGUGUAAAAUGUAUUUCAUUCAUCACAUUUUCUGUUGAUUCUAAAAUAUACCUCAUCAUGUAAAGUUGCGCUUAAAAAAUCUGGGUAUGGCGUGCAUUGUUGUGGGAUAUGUAAAUAUAUUUUGCUAAAGCAAUUUCGUCAAUGACCACUUGGUCGCGAAAAAAAACUGGUUGAAAUAAAGGGCCUAGAAAGUCUGGCUACAAUGUUAAUUUUAGAUCUCAGAUGCUCUGGUGUAUAUCACGCCUAAAUAUUGUGAUGUACAUGUACGUAUGUGUGUCAUUAUAGUCUUAUGCACUCGAUAUGGUGUUGUCUAUUUUAGGUAUAAAACAUUCAGUCACUAAAUUAAAUAUGUCACCAAUCUUUUCAUUAUAAGAUGGCCGACCACAAGAUUUUGAUACUUUUUUAGAGUCAUUUUUAUUGGAGACGCUGCACAUAGCUUAGAAAGAAUGAAUAUACAUUUAUGGAAAGAUUAGAAAUGUAUAAUAUAACCGGGUUGGAUCUAUUUGGAAUUUGACUGUUCAAUAUUAGUUUUAGCAUUUUGUAAAUACUGUUUAUAACUAAGGAAUGUUGUUGUGUAAUAUACAUAUAUACUUGGUUAUGACAGGGUGCCCAAAUCAUGGAUUGCAUCCAGCGCACAAAUGGUUUGUAAGUGAACUAAAUCGGAAUUCGGUAUUUUCAUCUCAGGAAGCCUUCGAUUCCAACACAGCUCAGCUGUCCAUUGCAGAAGGGUACUAACCAUGGUAACCUGACAACUCCGUCAUGGGGCAACCGGGGUGCCACAUUUUGGCGAUUUUGGAAUCAGUUUAUAAAUGAAAUGGUCCAGGGACCAUGUGCUCACCGGUGUCAAAGGACCUUGAAAAGUAGGUAAAAAAACUGCAGACGAUAUAUGAUGUAUCAUUGCUAGAAGUACCUACCAUAUUUUUUUCAAUUUUUUCGGACCAGUAUUAAGCGAACAAUGGCAUAUUUUCACUUUUUACGUUUGGCCCCCUGGUGGCCAAACCGUGAAUCAUAUGACGCCAUGAUUUGAUUUCUAAGUAGGCUAGAGGUCACACAGGGGUACAUUUGUACCAAAUUUGAGAUCUCUGGCUAAAGCAGUUACAAAACAUGCCACCGUUCUCUAACGGCGAUGCCGCCAGAUGACCUUGAUCCUGUGGCCUUGGAAAGUAGGUCGGAAAAAUAACGUGGUGUAUAUAUGAUGCACCAUUGCUAGAAGUACAACCAUAUUUUUUUUAAAUUUUUCGGACCAGUAAUAAGGGAGCAAUCGCAUAUUUUCACUUUUGACGUUUGGCCCCCUGUUGGCCAAACCGUGAAUCAUAUGAAGCCACGAUUCGGUCUCUUGAGUAGCGGUCACCGAGGGGUAUAUUUGUACCAAAUUUGAUAUCUCAGGCUAAAGCGGUUACAAAACGUGCCGCCAUUGUCUAACGGCAGUGCCGCCGACAGACUUUGACCUCUGUGACCUUGAAAAGUAAGUCAAAUAAAAAAACCGGAGGAUAUGUGAUGUAGCAUUGCUAGAAGUACCUACCAUAUUUUUUUUCAAAUUUUUCGGACCAGUAUUAAGGGAGAAAACGCAUGUUUUCACUUUUGACGUUUGGCCCCCUGGUGGCCAAACUGUGAAUCAUAUGAGGUCGCGAUUCGGUCUCGGAGUAGCGAUCACCAAGGGGCACAUGUGUACCAAGUUGGAGUUCAAUAGCUUCAGCGGUAACGAAACGUGCCACCCAUGUCUAACGACGGACGACGGACACUGUGUCAUUGUAAAGGCUCACAGGUGAGCCAAAAACGGACAUUGCAUGGUGUGUGUUAUUUUUCUGUAAAAAAGGUACCAUGAAAAAGGGCAUAUAAUUCCUAUUCAUUUACCGUAAACGUUUAUCAGCAACUAAAGGCCAUUUUUCUGACACAUGAAAACCAAAUAUCAUCUCUAAAAUCUGUGAUCUGAUGGGGACUCCCAACACUGUUAAGCUAUUCGGCAACGGACACACAUCUGCGUCUCAUCUUAGGUCAUAAAUACAAUGUCCAUGGUCAUUCAAAUCAAUCUUAUCAUUAGACUGCAAUUGUUACUGGUUAUAAAUUUUAGAGGGAGGAGAGGGUAUGAUGAAUUCGAAAAGUUUUCUAAAGUUUUACUGUGCAAGAUCACUUUAGUUACUUGUUCAUAUGGGGCUUAAUGCACUGGGCGGCCGAGUUCAGGUAACUAGUUGAACAUAAACGCUAGUAUCGUCAGAGAAGCCGGAGAUUGUCAGUGGACUCUUUUUUCCGGUUAUACAACAAGUGUAUCACAGUGAAGAUAUAACCUAACGCCAGACACUUUCCUGGCCUAGUGAAUCUAACCACCCUAAAUAUAUUUAAAAGAUGGUCAAUGGAAUCUUCUUCGCUAAACUAUAACAAUGUAGGCCAACCAUCGUUCAUGGACAUUUCAAAAUUACGCUGGUACUAUUCAUAGAAAUGGGUUUCCCAUAUGCAUAUUCAAAGUCGUAACCAAAGCACAGAGAAUAGAUUUGUAGUUCAUCAGUCCGAUAUUGUUAUUUCACAAAUAUUUACAAGUAGAUUGAUAGUUUUGCUAUGUACAUAAUUAUCGUAGAUGUUGUGAAAUGCUUCGUUUGAGGCGCCAAACUACAUUAAACUAACUGAAGAAAUAACAAGUAGGUACAGCUGAAAGCUAUGAAAAAAUGAUCUUACCUACCUUAUCACACUUACCUUAGAAUCUGUCCUACAGGCUUUACUUUUAUCUUGAGGAGCUCGUCAGUUUCGGCCGCCGCAUUGGUCGUCUGCUUCACCCUAUGUAUCCGUCAUGUAUGUGAUGCACCUGUAGAUUGAGCUGUAUACUACUCGUACGCCUCCCGCUACAACAGUGCUGCUCGCAUACGUCGCAUGCAUGAGGAUUCAUCACUAAAUCCU